AUGCAUUCCUACGUACGGCCGAAUACGCAUGUCGCCUUGCGAUUACCCUCCGGCAUAUUCAAGAUUGUCGAGAUCACACCCAAUACGACAAUCAACAUCGGAAAGUUCGGUUCCUUCCCCGCGAAUCUUUUGCUAGGACGGCCAUACUACCUCACCUUCGAACUUCUGGACAAGGAAGAUGGCAAAUCAGCGACUGAGUUGCGCGUUGUACCCGCUGCCGAACUGCACGCCGAAGCCCUAGGAAGCGACCAUCCCACAGCCGCCGAAACGCGCGAUGAGCCCACCGAUGGAGGAGUAGAAUUCGACAUCGUGGGGGAGGAUGGAGAGGUUAUAAUGCGGAGCAAUCGCAUGACGGUGGACGAUCCGACGCGACAGGCAUUAUCAAUGGAUGAGAUCGAGGAGCUGAAAAAGGCGGGCACGGGGUCGGGAAAGGACAUCAUUGCAAAGAUUAUGGCUUCGCAUUCGGCCAUUGACGAGAAGACGUCUUUCUCGCUGGCGAAAUACACUUUGCGCAAAUCGAGAAAGUAUUUGAAGAGGUUCACCGUGUUCCCGUUAGAUGUGGGCAUGCUCACAGACUAUGUCUCUGAGAAGGAGGCAUAUAGAAUCAUGGAUCUAAGGGAAGAGUCGCUGGGACUAGUAAACAGCUGGGCAAACAUACACUGCGCUGAGGCAAGCCGUGUUCUCACUGGAGAAGAUGGCGUUGGACAAAUAGGGGGCGGCCGCUGGUUAGUUGUUGACGACACCGGUGGUCUUGUGACUGCAUCUUUAGCAGAAAAGAUGGGCAUACUGUAUCCCACCGAGGAAGACGACGAGUCAGAUACCGGAGACGACGACGAAGCCCAAAAUGGAGACCAGAAAUCCGAAGAGAAAUCAGACAAGGACGUCGAGAUGACAGAGGCAACCCCAGAAGUUACAAGUGCACCAAACGAAACCAACGGUACCACAGAACCCCCAACAACCUCACCAAAACCAGACUCUACACCUCGCCCACGGCGCCCGGCCCGCGCACAUAUCCCACAAAUGUCCGCCCAGACCAACACUCUCACCGUCGUCCACAACAACAACCAGCCAAACCUCGCCCACCUCAAGUACUUCUCCUUCGACGCCGGCAACCCCACCAUCCAACACCCACUGUACAAGCACCUCAAAUCCAUCUCCUGGCUACAACUCCUUUACCCGGAGGAGGACCCAUCCUACGAAGAGCCAGAGGUCGUACCAGACGAAACACUCGCCACCAUGAAGAGCAGCAAGCGGGGGAACUACUACAAGAAGCGAAGGCGGUGGGAGCGGACGAGUCGCGUCGCCGACGAGACCCGACGGGGCGGAUUCGACGGGCUCGUGGUGGCGAGCGUCAUGGAGCCUCACACCAUCCUCAAAGAACUAGUACCCCUGGUCCGAGGCGGAGGACGAGUGGUGGUAUACUCCCCGAACGUGGAACCGCUCGUCGAGCUUUGCGAUUUGUACAGCAAGGAACGAAGAACUGUCUUCAUGAACAGGCAGUUUGAAGAGCAGCAGAAUGGGAACAAGACGCCGAGCGAGAAUGCAGAGGAUGAGGACGACGAUUUCCCUCUUAAUCCUACUUUGCUUUUGUUGCCGACGCUGCAAACUUCGAGGGCUAGGCAUUGGCAGGUGCUGCCUGGGAGGACGCAUCCGAUGAUGACGAGCAAGGGCGGCGCGGAGGGAUAUAUCUUCACGGGCACGAGAGUGAUACCAGCGGAAGGCAAAGUGGAAGCGCGAGGAAACUCUCGGGGGAAGAAGAGGAAA